GUCAGUGAAAAAAGAAGAACCGGCAAAAUUACCGGUCGAGGCGGGUGCGCCAAGUAUUGCGGCAACGCACCUACACCCGGCAACAUUUCGUUCUCCAGCUUCCGCCAAUCUUUUACCUCAAAUGUCAAUUACCUGAAACGGAGAUUCUCUUCGGGCGAUCUAAGCUCGGAGUUGGAUGACGACGAUGCGAGCUCCGGGCUGACUUCCGUCAGCCAACAAGACUCCUCGCAGUCUUAUCAGGGUAGUCUGUCAUCCGAACGCCCCUUGCAAUCGCAACCGACGCCGGCUCCGCCGCCUAAUCAACCACCGAUUCCUGGGGCACCACCGGCACCCUCUGGGACCCAGCAACCUGCUGGCGGUGGCGAUCUGAGUCUCAAUCUACGGCCAAGCUCCAGGACAACCAGCGCUCCUUCAUCGCCGGCUAAAACAAGAGAAUCUCUUCUCCAGAGGGUCCAAAGUCUCACGGGGGCUGCUCGAGAUCAGGGUGCUUCCAUCUUGGGUGCAGCGGUUUCCGGCGCUACACGAGGUCCUUCUUACAACAAAGAUCGUUGCUUCAUUCUGCUGGUCGUCGACGAUCAGAAUACCGACUGGAGUAAAUAUUUCAGGGGACGUCGUCUCCACGGUGAUUAUGAAAUCCGCGUCGAACAGGCGGAAUUCCGGGAGCUUUCGCUCACCGCAAGUGAAGCCGGAACGAUCGUUUCAAUGGCCGUUUUUCGUAAUGGGACUAAAGUAAUUCGAUCCUUCAAACCGGACUUUGUCCUUGUUCGUCAAAAUCUACGCGACGCCGGAGAAGACUACAAGAAUUUGCUACUGGGUUUGAUGUACGGCGGCGUUCCGAGCGUUAACAAUCUUACUGCCAUUUACAAUUUCCAAGACAAGCCGUGGGUCUUCGCGCACCUGGUUGGGCUGCAGCGCCAUUUGGGAAGAGACAACUUCCCACUUAUCGAGCAAACCUAUUAUCCCAACCACCGCGAAAUGGUGACCGCUUCGAAAUAUCCCGUUGUCGUCAAGCUGGGUCACGCACACAGCGGUGUUGGUAAAGCGCGCGCUGAAACCAGUCAAGAAUUUUCAGAUCUCGCAUCCCUAGCUGCUUUGUCGAACACCUAUGCAACGGCGGAACCUUACAUCGAUACAAAAUACGACGUCCACCUUCAGAAGAUUGGAAACAACUACAAAGCAUUCAUGCGUAAAAGUAUCAGCGGUAAUUGGAAAUCUAAUACCGGUUCAGCUAUGCUGGAACAACUGGCUGUAAUCGAUCGGUAUCGCGCAUGGGUCGAUCAAGUUUCACAACUUUUCGGAGGGCUGGAUAUUUGCGCUAUCGAAUUGGUCGUUGGAAAGGACGGUCGCGAGUACAUCAUCGAGGUUAACGACAGCGCGUUGUCUUUGAUGGGCGACUCUCAGGAGGAAGAUCGUCGCCACAUCGCCGACCUAGUUACAUCUAAGAUGCAGGCCUGCUGUCGAUUGCCGAGUGCGCUCACUAAGACAACAUCGAGGGGCUCGGUUUCGAGCUCGAGUCAGGCAACGAGUCCUGCCGACGAACGACCGACUCAACUACCUCCGACGAUGGGAUCGCACGGGAGUAUGAGCUCCAUGACGAGCAUGGCAAGCGUGGGAUCUAUGGGCUCAACAACAGCCCUUGCCGGCGAUGUCACAACUUCCGAUAGCCACCAUCAACUGCAGCGUCGCGAUUCUCAAGCUUCCCAGUCAAGCACGGUGAGCAGCGCACCGUCGGUUAGCCGACGCCCAGACGAUCCUCCUUUAUCUCGAGUACCGUUUCACCGUCAGGGAAGUCAAACACAAGUCCAAGGUGAGGACACCGAAGACACGAUGAAAAAUCUACGCAAGACGUUUGCCGGAAUAUUCGGUGAUAUGUAAGGUAAAACGGCGUCGGUGAGGUAAUCGGGGAACUAAAAAUAUGAAGAACGAAAGAACACAUCUCUUAAUCAUUGAAAUCAUCGCGUAUGACAGAGUGUCAUGCAGAAAGGAACCGAAAAGAUGCAAACGAGAUGAUCGACAAUAUUUUAAGUUAUUUCAAAGGGUUGGCGGUAGUUUUUUUUAUCAAUUCGCAGCGGGAAUAUCCGAAUGAUGUAAUCUGGAUGAUGCUUCGACGAGAGAAAAAAAAAUAAUUAAAAUUGAAAAAAAAAUGAACACUUGGAAAAAUCAAUAAUCAAAUUAUAACGUCAGUCGUGAAUAACUGUAAUAAAAAUAAUCAACAUUCGAGGUAAAGCAAAAUGUUUAAAGUACGCUUCGGAAAAUUGACGGCAUUCUUCGUGUUAUUGCAUGAUAAGAAAAGGGCGAUUUCGCCUUCCUCGCGCUGCAGUUAGCAAAAAAUAAAAAUAUAAAACUACGGAAAUUUUCAACGAAUCGCUGAGAUAAUUAUAUUUGUUGCUCGUGAGCUUGAAUAUAAUCGUUGCAGGUAGUACUAUAGACGCUAGAAAUUGUAAAUUUGCAGACCAUUUCAUAGCGAACUAUAAUGAAUAGGAUAGUAAAAGCGACCGGUACACUGCGCUGGCUGAAAGCGUACGUAAGACUUUGGAGUAGUGGCGAGUCGAAAUACAUGUCCCGACGUUUCUGGUUUCUGUUCUUUUCCUGAAAUCUCUUAAUGAUUUUCUCUUAAUACAAAAAAUAUCAAUUUUAGCUUUAUAUUGCUCCACAAUUAGGACCGCGAACAGUUAUCCCAUUUUUUAAAUACUGAAGCAAUCAAUGAUCGAGUAAUAAAUUGGCUCACAUUGGUCAAUAUCCGAUUAUUUGGAAUCGCCAAUGAAAUGGUGUGAGGCACGUUUCGAAAUAUUAUUUCGACCAAUUUACUCAACCUUUUACAUCUGCGUUCAAUUCCAUCAUCGUAGCUGAUUAUUUAUCAUUAUUUUGCACUCAUUAUUCCAGUAAACAAGUUAAUGCAUCGGAGUGCCUUACUGCAUAAUUUGCCUGAAAAUUAUAUUUCUCGACGAAAAACAAACGCCUCCGUGUUAAUUGACCCCUAAAAAUAUUCGACUUGUUGCGUCCAACUACGUUUCCGGACAAUCAACCAAAAUUUGAGCUUCAGUUGCCGCGGACUGGACGGAAGUUGAGUAAUCAUCAGUAAAAGGCAAGGACAGAAGGAGCAAGGAUUACAAUAUUUUGUUCAAAUGAAAGGGAUAAUUGAAUGAGGUUAAAAUGAUCGAGGUAUUCCAAUUGAAGGGCAGUGUAAAUUGCUAACGUAUGAUGAUUGAUUAUUACAUUUCGAAGCCGGUCGAAUUGGAUAUUGAUAUUAUUGAUGAAAAUAAUAUCUUUAGCUGCUCUACCAAAUGGGAGCCCGUACCUUAAACGCACAAAUAGUUUUUAAGAAUUUGGAUAAUGGAGUGAGAAAAAAAACAAAGUUUAACAUCACGAUAGAAAAGAAUACCCAACGAAUGAGUAUAAGACGAGAAAAUGAGCAAAAAAAUAAAAUAAAAUAAAAUAAACUAAAAUGAAUAAAAAAAAUAUAUAUUUAAAGAUUAAGGUCUGUCAUUAUUACGUAGGCUGUAAUUAUGUAGAUAACGAACAUUUGCGUCAACAUCGAUGAAAAAUUAUAACGAAUUGAAAGAAGACGAAAAAAAAAAAAAAAAACUCUUGAAACGCUAGAUUUUAUGACGUAUGAAAAGUUUUUUGUUCAGUACCAAAGGGACAAUAACUCUAUAGAUUCAAAACCAUUCCAAUCUUUCGACUUCGAGUCGUCAAAAAUGCUGCACAGGACGACUCCGUCGACUUUGGUACUCGAUAAAACACUUGUGUCGAAAUACCCUGCAAAAGCUUAAUUAAGAAAUUGUAUAAUUAUGGUUAUGGUUUGUCGAUAUAAAGAGCGAGAGUGGUACUCAACAAAAGAUGGAAAGAUGAAGCUGGGACGAUGUUUAUGCCAAGAAUAAUCGAUCUCGAUCUAAUAGAAAAAGCAGGUCGUUCGCGUAGCGGAAGUCCAAGUGUCGUCGCAAUACCGGCUAAGAUUAAGUGUAUCCAACAGACUUUACUGUGCAUCAAGAAAAGUACAGGCAUCGAAGACUCAUUCCGUCAGUUGUUACUUUUUCGUACAUACGGAAGAAGGAAAACUCUAAUGGUCUGCAAAUUUACAAUAAUUGCUCGUUGAAUUUCCAUUUGGAGAUACUAAGCUGUUAUAGUUUAAGGGUUUGAACAUCGGAAAUUGUAGGAUAUAUAGAUAGUGCAAAUCGUUACACCGCAAACGUAUAUGAUCAUGGCUCAAUGAAAUUUACGAAAAAAGUUCACUUCUUCAACAUUCACGUAGUGAAACUGCCGAGUUUAUUGCAUAAUUCCUUAACACUAAAAUAUAAUGAAAACAACCAAAUAAGCGUUUUUGGAAAAGAAAAUAUUCGAAAAUGAACAGCUGAUCGUCGAUCCAUUUGAACCCGGAAGUGACGCUAAAAUUGUACGAUUCCUCUGCAAAACAUUCUGCACCAAGAAUAUAAAUUAUUGAAAAAUAUGCAUGUCAAAAAAAAAAAAAGAAAAGAAACGCAAAUGAAAUGAAAAUAAACGAAUGAAUGAUGAUAAAAACUAAGUAAAUAUUAAAAUUAAAAUCUCAGCGCGUAUCGGUUGCGAAGUAUGAUAAAAACCGCUCACACGACGAUAUAUGUAGAAUCGUUUUCAAUGCCUCGAUCGUGCCGCAACUCCCCAGAAUUCUAUACCCGAUAUGGAAUAUGAUGAUCAAUCGAUCGUUCGCGAGGUUAUAGAUGAAUUCGUUCAAUAGUUGAUUGAAUCUCCAGGUAUCACACCGUUUGUCCCUCAAUUACAUAAGUAUACCCACCCUUAUUCGUGAUCGUCGAUACGACCGCGCCUAGAAGUCAGCCCAGCAAGCAAUCCAUUGAUUCAAUGAAGUACAAAGUUCACGAGGUGCCUUCAAAGAGCUGCAGUUGUUAGUCGCUCCGGGUAAAUGUAGCUGCCAGACGCUAUUGAAUUCGACAAUAUAAUAUACGUGAUAUCAUAAUCAGCACAUUAUUUUAUUCGCCGCUCAAGGGGAUUUCAUCUUGAAAAAUAUUGGAGAACGCGAUUAUCGAGCGCGUGUUAAGGCGUGGAAUUGGAAAAUUAUCGUCGCCUCUAAUACCCAUGCCCCAAAAGUGUGUCGGCGUUGUACGGCUUCUGCAGCCCGCAGUGGCAGAGGGCAUAUAAUAUCAAUAAAGCGAAGGAGAUGAAUACAUUAUCGGAAUGUAAUCACGUAUUUGCAUACAUUGGCUGGUUCGGCUGUAACUUAAAACCAUACUUGAGGUAAAAGCUUCUUUGAGCCAAGAUCUAAACGCUGAGACGAUGUGUACGAAGAAGAUGACAAGUAAAUUCCGGAUUGGUGGUCGUGAAAAUAACGAUUAUAAUAAAAUACUAACAAACGAACAACACCAACGAUGUAAAGCGAGAGAUACAUCGAGUUACGAUGACGACGAACGGUUCAGGAAAAUACGUUUAAUUGUUAAGAAAAAUCUCAGGGGUGUCUUCGGGCACUAGGUAAGAUAGGAAAUAUAACUGACGGUCUUUCCAAGUAAUAAAUGGUUCCAUGAGCCAGAUUACUGAAUCUUGAAUAAUAUAAUGAUUACAGAAAGUACGAUUAACUUGACUGCAAACUCUUAGGACAUGGACCUCGACUUUUACUCAUUGUCAGACUGAACGAAAAACCUUGAAAACUAUGCGAAUGAAGAAACUUGUAACGGAAAUUCACCAUUCGGACGAUUCGAGGCGACGCCAGGCGCUAUACCCCCCUCGAGGUAAUUGAUUGAAAUUCGGUCGCAGUGUGAGGUAGGAAAGAAAAAUGAGGAAAUAAAACGAACGUAGCAGCGGAAAGAUCGUUAGAAAAAUCGAACGAUGAUAACGAUUCUAUUCUGCAGUUGUGCAGUCCUAAUUAUACGAAGACGAAUUUCAAACUCGUUGAGGAAAAGCGGUCGACGUCGAGCCGUUUCAAUGAAACAUACACACUAAACUCGGAACAAAGAAAAUCACCAAUGACUUAACGAAUCGAAUGAAUCGCAAUAAAGACGAGAACGAAAUAAAAUAACACAGCUGGUAGAAUCUAGGAACAAUGAAAUUCCGUUAUUUUCCAAGCUCUCUUAAAUCCCAACUUCGCUUAAAUUUUUGUUCUUCUUUCAUUGUUCGUUCCUUUUUUCUUCUCCUUUUUUUUUGUGUCUGUGUGUCGUGAACCACAAUUGUUGUUUCAUUUUUUCAUAAUAGUAGAUACGUGUAUAUUCAUCUUCAACAAGUAGUGUAGUUAAAGUAAAGUAUAUCGGUAAAUAGAUCAGUAAUAUUGACACAGGUUCAUUUAUGUCUGGGUGAGAAAAAUACUUUCGUAUCUGCAAAAAAAUAUCUACAGCAUUUUUUCAUAACGUGGCGCUUCGUGAUCUUCACGUUGAUAACAAUAAUUGACUGCGCCACGACAAAGAAUCCAUCAUCGAUAUAAUCAUCGGGUAAAAAGAAGAAAAUUCAAACAAAUAAAAUCGAAUGAUACAUGAAAAACGAAUAAAAUUUUUUUUUCUCCAAACAUCUUAGACAUGCUCCGUAGCUUCACUUAUAGUAUUGUGGACCGUUGUUGUGGGCUGUUGCAACGUUCUGAUCUUUUCUCAUAUACGAAAUAUGCAUCGGCCAGGGGCAUUGUACUUCCACGUUUCUUUCGUGCUUAAAAUAAACUUGAUAACUAUUUUCCUAUCUUUCUAGAGCAGAAUAACGCACAGGCCUAUUUUAAACGCGUAUUGAAUCAACUAUCCAAGGAAAUAGUAAUUUUUUUUUUGUAUUCCCUCCAAUGAGAAACUUUGCACAAUAACGUACGAAUGUGUAGAAGAGAAGACGUCGAAAAUCGAGAGGGAUGAUUUGAGUUUUCAAUUUUUUCAACCGAUUGUGAGCAACGUAACGUAACGUGGAAGUAAAAACGAUCCGGCCGAUCAUCCCAAUUCCCAUAUAAUACUCUGUAUGUAUCUCUUGUCUAAUAACUAAAUACUCUAACUAAAUAAGUAAUGAAUAAUAAUGAAAAGAAAGAAGUAUUUCAAAUUAUCAAAAGCAAAAAAAGCAAAAAAAAAAAAAAAAAACUAAUGAAGAUGAAAAAUAAAAAAUAGUAAUCGUAGGCGCUUAGGCGCGGAUCGUGCUGAAUACCGUACGUUCCCUUCUUGAUUUCAAUGCGUGCUAGCCACAUAUGAUAUCCACAUACCUAUAAUUCAUUAAGCUAAUAAAACAGUAUACACGAUAAUACGCUACCCAAUACUAUCACGAUAUGUGUCAAUGUUAUAAUAAUUGUCUAUUUCAUUACGAUCUAGUCAGAGUGUCGCGCCGAUGAAGAAAUAGUAAGGAAAACUAUUACAUAAAACAAAAAAGGUAAAAAAAAAACCAAAAAAAAUUAAAAAAAAAAUAAUUGCUAUCUGAUUACAGCAGUGUCUAAUAAUGAUGUAUAACUCAAUUAUAUAAUCAUCCGUUUACAUUAUAUAAAUAGUAUUUAGAUGCAAUGCAAAAUAUUGCUGAUGAUCGUAUACAUUUUGCCGCGAGUAUAAUAAAUAGGUUCUGAAAAUUUGGAUAUUUUGCGGCGCCUGUAGAAAUUCCACCAUAUAGAAAUUGCAAUAUCAUAUCGAUAUAGUGGAACCCAUUUUGGGCAUGCAAAGAGGAAAGGCAAAAGUUUGAAAUUUUUAGCUAUCAAAAGAGAUAAAAAAAAUUAUUCAGAAAAAAUCGAAAAAAAAAACAAUGCUGUGUAGUCGUAAUAUCAUAAUACAGACUCAUCUCUUUUUUAUUUUGUUUUAUUUUCGGGCAAAUGUUGUAGUAAGUAAGUGUGAUUAAAAUAUAUAAAUAAAUCAUAAGUCCUAUGAGAAGGUCAAGUAAUUGUAACGCGUUAAUUUUAAGCGAGGAUAAAAAAAGAAAAAUAAUAAUUAGCUGAUAGAUAUUUGUAAUGUUGGGAAAAAGUGAGGCAGUGAAGAGAAAAAAAAAGAAAGAAAUUAUCGGAGCGACAAAUAAGAAAUAUGUAAGUUGGAUAUUUAGGCGAUCGUAUCCUAUAUGGAUCCAUAGAUAAAAAUAGUUGGCCGACGUUCAGCGUAGCGAGACGUACUGCAGGGGCUACCUGUCCCCUUAAUCGAUGCGACUCGCAAUGCUGAACGUUGGAAGAUAGCGCGUAAAAAUCGUCGUAGUUUGGGUUUAUGACAAUAUAGCAUGUCUAUUAUAAAUGAACUGACCGUGGAUGCAUCUUGAUGCGUAAACAUCUUAACAUCGUGCGUAACUCCAGCGUAUCAAGGUUCGUUCGACGAUCGGUAAUUAUAUACGGCGUCGACUCGACGACUAAUCGGAGCCGUAUAAUGGUUAUUGAAUGAAUCGGCGUCACGACGCUACGAUCUCCGGCAACAAUCGAGACGCAAGCGUCGUCUUUCGGUUUUAUUCGAUAACGUUUGUCUCCGAAGGCAUGUCUAUAGUUACCAUUAUAGUUUAAACGAAACCUAAGCCAACCAUUCGGUAAGUGUCAGAUAAUUGUAAGCUAAGUGUCCUAAGGUAUUACAUACUCAAUGAUAUAGAAAUAAAACUUGCACGUGAGAGGCGUGCGGAGGUUUAAAUAUAUUUAAGUGUUAAGAGAUUAGGAGUAAAUAUAUAAAAUAGGUUUGAUCGUAAGCUGUAAGAAGAUAAGGAGAAUUCACGACUAGAUCAUAAUUAGUUGGUAUGUUAAGAACUAAAAUAUAACAACAACAUUAAUGUUAAUUAACGAAUGGUAGCAAUUGAGGUGACAACGAACCCACGACGCGGGUUCGAGUGACGUAAAACUGGAGCCCGAGUCGCGGUCGUGCUUAGGAUAGUCUGCACAAAAAAUGCGAUUGUUUAUCUCAUAUAACAUAAUAUAUAUAUAUAUAUAUUAUAUAGUAUAAAUGAAUAAAUAAAUGAAUAUAUAAAUAUUAUAUAUAAAAUUAUCAAUAAAUAUAUAUAUAUAUAUGAAUAAAUAUAAUACAUGUAAGUAUAACCACACCAAGGACAACACAGAAAGAUUAAAUCAUACAUAAAAUGCGAGUUCUAUCUGUCAUCGUUAUUAUUAAGGAUUAUCAGAGUUUGGAAAGACUCUAAAAUUAGUGACAUAAGGAAUACGUAUAAACAUAUAUUAUAUUACAGUAGGAAAAUACCGAUCGAGGGCGAUUCUAGAACAAGAUCUUGAAACGUGAAACGAAAGAACAAAUUACUGAAAGCUACUGCCGCAUGUAAUGCAGACACGAUGCAUACCCCUUUAGCUACACGUCGUCGUAACUGUCACGAGCUAGAAAUCUGAGAAAGGUACACUGUACGCGGUCUUCUCGUGAAAAAGUUACACCACCGUAAGAAAUUAACUCGUUAGUUAUUCGUGCAUCAGAACUCCUGAACGGCAAUUUUUACACUUGGUUUACGGUCUGGGAAUCAAGGAGUAUAUAUUUUGCUCUUCGAUUCUCCAAAUGUUUUUAAACAACACGAUUGAAUUCGUGAAUUCGGUAAUCUGGCGAUUAAUUCCCAAAUUAUCGAUACCACCAUCGAAAAAUCUAUGAAAAACGUUCGGCCAAAUUAGAGCGCUUAAAACUUUUGUGUCAGAUUGCCCUGAUCAUUUGUAACGAACGUGGUACAAAUUUCUUGCGACGGGGUUUCCGGUGUAUCGGUUAUGGAAACUGCAGCGUAUGUUAUCGUUGCCCUUGCGGGUGAACAUUCGUCGGUGAAAAAUGGCGUCAGGGCGCGAGUCGUUUUCAUUCGCUUUGACAUGAGCCGGAAGUUUUUGUUUCCGUCAUUGUUACAGACAGAAACGCGCCCGAGUUCGAGGCGGUCCGUAACAAUAGCGAAACGAUUAUUUUUCGACCCCCAAUUAAGGGAGGAAACGUUGAAGUACCAUCGGUACGCUCCGGCCCGGCUGCACCGACGAUGAAGAAAAUAUACCGCGGUGGUUUCCAGGCGAGACAAAUUGGUCAUCGACGAUUUUAUUCAUCGAUAUCUAUUGGUGUAUCGUCGGGGACUAUACCGGAUCUUUUUUACGGAGGAAUGCGGAGAGUAGCCUCGAUAACAUGAAAAAUUUAACGACGCGUAGAACGAUCAACUUAACAUCGGGAAGUAAUUUGGUAAUCGGAUGUGAAUUAUUACGAUCGCCAUAAUUGAUUACAAAACAUUUCGAAUGUUUCCUAGUCAUUGUGGUAGUUAUAAGCUCUAUACCCGUAGGUGUGUUAAGUUAAUUAUACGAGUUAUAUAUGUUUACGUUACGAUUAUAUUAAUUAUAAUUAGAAAAUUUAAGACGGUGUCAGUUAAUGUAACUGAGGAUAAAACGUACCGAAAAAGUUAUUACAAUAUUUAACAAUAAUUAUCAUAUUAAAAUCACGAUAAUGUUACGAUAAUAUGGAUAUUACGAUAAUACUAUGUAUUACAAUCAUAUAUGUAUAGUAAUCUCUGUACGUAUAAUGUUUUCUGAUAACUGUCUGUAGGCAAAAUGGACACAAGUGCAACUGUGUCUUGUGAAGAUUAAGAAGAAAAUGAUUAAAAAAAAAAAAACAAAAAAAAUGAAAAAAAAAAACGUAAAAACUUAAGCAACGUAAAGACGUUACCUGGGAUUACCUGUCAGAAACUACUGUAACAAUGAUGAAAAAAAACCCUUGAACCCUCGUUAGAGAUAGGGCACGGUGUAUUCAGAGUGCCCUCUAGAGAAUCUGUUAAACUAUGGUUAACUUAUUAUAUUGCAUUAAACUAAUCUGUAAUAAUAAAUAUAUAAGUAAGUCUAA